AAAAGGUUCAAGACGGCAGCACAUAUACCACCUGAAGCGUUUGAAAGAACAAUGACAAUACGUGGGAAAGUUGUUUCGGUAGGAGAUAGUGAUAACUUUAGACUGUAUCAUACACCUGGACUAGGGUGGGGGUGGUUCAGACAUAUACCAAAGACAAGGAAAGAUCUUCAGAAUCAGACCAUAGCUGUUCGUAUUGCAGGCGUUGAUGCACCCGAAAGUGCACACUUUGGGAUGCCUGCUCAACCCUUUUCAGCAGAGGCUAAACAAUUUUUGACCAAGAUGGUGUUGAAUAAAAAGGUACAAGUUCAAUUACUAAGCAGAGAUCAAUACAGUAGAGUGGUUGCUAUGGCUUACGUCAGACGACCACCGUUCUUUAUAAAGAAGAACGUGUCUCUUGAGAUGGUAAAAGCGGGACUUGCCAGUAUAUAUGUUGCAAAGGGUGCACAAUAUGCCGGUAUAUUAGACGAGUUGAAGAAAUAUGAAGCACGAGCAAAACUUCUUCGAAAAGGAAUUUGGUCCUUAAAGAACUAUGUCUCGCCUGGUGAUCAUAAAUCCAAGUAA